GCGGCUCCAGGAGGCGGCGGCGGCGGCGGAAGCGGCGAGGGCGGCGGGCGUCCGGCUCUGAGGUGGAGGCGGCGGCGGCAGCAGCGGCGGCGGCGGCGGCUCGGGACUGGGCUCGGCUAGGAGGAGCGAGGGUCGGGGCGCCGCGGAGAGCGCCAAUCCCCCGGCUCGACCCUCCGCCCGCCGCCCGGACGCCUGGGCCGCGGAGUUUGUGUCCCGGCUCGGACCCCGGCGCCCAGCCCGGAGCCGUAACCUUGAGGCGGCGGCGGCGGCGGGGCCGGGCCGGGCCGGGCCGGGGGGCGGCGGCGCUGGAUCCGCGGCUGCACGAUCGCUGGCGGGAGAUGUCGAACCCCGGGACUCGCAGGAACGGCUCCAGCAUCAAGAUCCGUCUGACAGUAUUAUGUGCCAAGAACCUCGCAAAGAAAGACUUCUUCAGACUCCCUGACCCCUUUGCAAAGAUUGUUGUGGACGGGUCUGGGCAGUGCCACUCAACUGACACUGUGAAAAACACAUUGGACCCAAAGUGGAACCAGCACUAUGAUCUAUAUGUUGGGAAAACUGAUUCUAUAACCAUCAGUGUGUGGAACCACAAGAAAAUUCACAAGAAACAGGGAGCUGGCUUCCUAGGCUGCGUGCGGCUGCUCUCCAACGCCAUCAGCAGAUUAAAAGAUACCGGAUACCAGCGUUUGGAUCUAUGCAAACUAAAUCCCUCAGAUACUGAUGCAGUUCGUGGCCAAAUAGUGGUCAGUUUACAGACGAGAGACAGGAUAGGCAGCGGGGGCCCGGUGGUGGACUGCAGAGGACUCUUAGACAAUGAAGGAACCGUGUAUGAAGACUCGGGGCCUGGGAGGCCGCUCAGCUGCUUCAUGGAGGAGCCAGCCCCUUACACAGACAGUACCGGUGCUGCCGCUGGAGGAGGGAACUGCAGGUUCGCGGAGUCCCCAAGUCAAGAUCAAAGACUUCAGGCGCAGCGACUUCGAAAUCCUGAAGUGCGAGGUUCACUGCAGACACCUCAGAACCGACCACACGGCCACCAGUCACCGGAGCUGCCUGAAGGCUAUGAACAAAGAACCACAGUACAGGGGCAAGUUUACUUUUUGCACACACAGACUGGAGUCAGCACGUGGCACGACCCCAGGAUACCCAGAGACCUUAACAGUGUGAAUUGUGAUGAACUCGGACCACUGCCACCAGGCUGGGAAGUCAGAAGCACAGUUUCUGGGAGAAUAUAUUUUGUAGAUCAUAAUAACCGAACUACCCAGUUUACAGACCCAAGGUUACACCACAUCAUGAAUCACCAGUGCCAACUCAAGGAGCCCAGCCAGCCGCUGCCCCUGCCCAGCGAGGGCUCUCUGGAAGACGAGGAGCUUCCUGCCCAGAGAUAUGAACGAGAUUUAGUCCAGAAGUUAAAGGUCCUCAGACAUGAACUGUCACUUCAGCAGCCCCAAGCUGGGCAUUGCCGCAUCGAAGUAUCCAGAGAAGAAAUCUUUGAGGAGUCUUAUCGUCAGAUAAUGAAGAUGCGACCAAAAGACUUGAAAAAACGACUAAUGGUGAAAUUCCGAGGAGAAGAAGGUUUGGAUUAUGGUGGCGUGGCCAGGGAGUGGCUUUAUUUGCUGUGCCAUGAGAUGUUGAAUCCGUAUUAUGGACUCUUCCAGUAUUCUACGGACAAUAUUUACAUGUUGCAGAUCAAUCCAGAUUCUUCAAUCAACCCGGACCACUUGUCUUACUUCCACUUCGUGGGUCGGAUCAUGGGCCUGGCUGUGUUCCACGGUCACUACAUCAACGGGGGCUUCACGGUGCCCUUCUAUAAGCAGCUGCUUGGGAAGCCCAUCCAGCUCUCGGAUUUGGAAUCGGUGGACCCGGAGCUACAUAAGAGCUUAGUGUGGAUUCUAGAGAACGACAUCACCCCUGUGCUGGACCACACAUUCUGCGUGGAGCACAACGCUUUCGGGCGCAUCCUUCAGCACGAACUGAAGCCCAAUGGUCGAAACGUGCCCGUCACAGAGGAGAACAAGAAAGAAUAUGUCCGGUUGUAUGUGAAUUGGAGGUUUAUGAGAGGCAUUGAAGCCCAGUUCUUAGCCCUUCAGAAAGGGUUCAACGAACUCAUUCCUCAGCACCUACUGAAGCCUUUCGACCAGAAGGAACUAGAGUUGAUCAUAGGUGGCCUGGAUAAAAUCGACCUGAAUGACUGGAAGUCGAACACGCGGCUGAAGCACUGUGUGGCUGACAGCAACAUCGUCAGGUGGUUCUGGCAAGCAGUGGAGACGUUCGAUGAAGAAAGGAGGGCCCGGCUCCUGCAGUUUGUGACUGGAUCCACAAGAGUCCCUCUCCAAGGCUUCAAGGCUUUGCAAGGCUCUACAGGCGCGGCAGGGCCCCGGCUGUUCACCAUCCACCUCAUAGACGCGAACACAGACAACCUCCCGAAGGCCCACACCUGCUUUAACCGGAUCGACAUCCCACCUUAUGAAUCCUAUGAGAAGCUCUACGAGAAGCUGCUGACAGCCGUGGAGGAGACCUGUGGGUUUGCUGUGGAGUGAAGAGCAACCAAAGGCAACAGAGUCUAGCUCAUGACCACCAGACCAAAAGCAUACAGCUUCUGCGCGCCUCCCGCAAAGCUGGCUGAGGCCCUGGAAUUCCGGAUCACCCGAGGGAAAAGGGUGUCUCCCUCCUCUUUGUUGGGGGAGGGGGACAGGAGACUGUCGUUGGUGGCUCACCCAUAUAUCCCUCCUUUAUUAUAGUACUCCCAACCCCCUUCCAUCACCCAUCCAAUAAAAUGCAGCCAGGUUUAGCCUUUGGCCUCGGUCACACAGGAUAUUCUGCGGUGGUCGCAGCCCACGCGGUGAUAAGGCUCACGGCCCUGUGCGCUUUACAGGAGGGGCCUGAGCUGGGCGUCCUGAGGGUUUGGGACUGGUAGCGAUGCCCGUUAUUCCAUCUCAAACAGCCUUGAGGCCCCUUUCCAUAUUGAGUAGCUGCUGGAAAUCUUACCAGAGCUCAGAUUCCAAAUUUCAUGUCCUCAAAGCCUGUUCUGGGCAGCAGAUUAAUUUCUAACUGAACAAUAACUGUAUAAUAUAUGCUUAUUGGAAUUCUGCCACAGCAGGAAACUUGAGUCAAAACGUGUUUCCCCUUUGAAAGGUGAAGGAAUUGGAGCAGCUUUCACUGGAGGCCCAGGGUAUGUUUUUUUUUUUUUUUCAGGGUAUCCUGGCUGAAAAUUUUGUUUUGCACAAAGAAAAAUGAUCUUUCCUUUUAAGGGUCCCUUUUGCUGCAUUAUCUGACAUUUUUCCAGAGAAAACACCACUUAACAGAGCUUGUAAAAGAACAGACCCAAACAAGCCCCAGAGCCAACCAGUCAGUCCAAAAGCUGUGACUCCUGUGCCACCGUUGUACGUAGAGGAACAUUGUCUGUGUCACUUAAAAAUAUUAACAAACUAUGAUGUGGUAAUUGCUGAGAGCUAAACUAACAAAACAAAAUCCUGGUAUCAUAGCUGCUGCCUUGGUGUGAACUAGCUUAAAGGCAAGGGGGAAAGGGUGACCUCGAUGACAUAAAUCCACCCAAAGAGUUCUUGUUUUAUAAAAAGGGCGUGGAUGCAAACCUGUGGCCACACAGGGGACAACUCCCCACUGACUCAUUUGGCCCUUUCCCCAGGGCAGACGGUGACACUAACAACUGCUAUUUGAUUCACUUGCCCAAAUGUCUUUGUAUGACAAGCAAGGCCAAAACAAGCCUAGACUCGAAGUUUCUAACACCAUUUCCAAUUUGCACAAAAGUGCAAACAGUAUUUUAUCUUAAACAAAGUGGCUUGAUUUCAGAUAGCUAAAUUUCAGCGAAAAACAGCAGCAGCAACAAAUUUUCCUGUAUGGUUUCUUUGUUGUUUUGUUCGGGGGUGGGGGCGAGUACAGGGUAAUCCUCUAGCAAGACACUUCACUGCUGUCGCAGCCUCGCAGUUAAGCACUGGGCUCCCGCUGUGGGUCUGAGGUGGCCUGGCGGACCUUGUGGACGACUCUUGUAUCUGUUCUUUUCUGUUACUGUUACCUGUAGACCACGGUGGCGGCUUUGAGGGGACACUUGCCCUCCUGCAUCCUGCUGUGGCUCCUUCCCUGCCCCAGAAGUGGUUUGUGGCCGAUGAGCGCGGUAGGCCAGAGACUCUGCCCCGAGCGAGAGGUCUGGCCCGUUUGCUGUGCCGCGGGCGAGCCGCACCUCGGGCUGCCGAGCAGGACUGGCUGCAGGAGGAAACUUUAAUCCAUUCAAACAGUCCCGGCCAAACUGUGGGCUCGGUCCCUUCCACAAACUCCACCUCGCCACGGGCCUAGCCUGUGUGUCACUCACAACGACACUUUCUGAGGGUGUUCUAGAAACUGGUUCCCCAGUAAGUCUAUCCAGUCUUCCCUUAACCUUCCUCUUGAAGGUGAGGAAACGAAAAUCCCAGACCUCCCCCCGAGAGUCUGCGCCCCAACGUGAGCCUGAACCGGGGGCGGCAGGAAAGAGCGCGACACCCGGAUCUGCAGGGAUUAGGAAGGAAACCAGGGUCUCGUGGCUUGAACGACUUGGAAGCAGGAAUGUUGCAUUUGAUGCCUUUAAAACUACCUUCUUGCUGUUGGGAGGGGCAGGGGGCGAGCCUUAGACGCCACAUCCACCAGCCCCAGGGGCGGCGCUGCCUCUCGGGGGGCAGGUGUCGCUUCCUCCGGGAGGGGCCUCCUCUCCGGCCGGCAGACGCGGGGGUCCCGGCCCGCACGGCCCGUCUCCGCCGUUCCGCUUGCGCGCGGGUCUGCCGCCCCCUUCUCGGCACCGCCACAGCUGGGUGAGCGUCACAGACCUUUCCAGAGCUCCAGGUCACCCUUCCCACACGGGCCGCUCUGGCGGUGGCAUUGCCCUUCCGGAACCUUAAAUACCCGUCACGGUUUGGUCUUCUUAAACCACCCCAAGGAACACAAGGCGGCCAGCCACCGGCCGGAGCUCCCGCCUGCUCCACUUGGGGGCUGCGUGCAGCCCACUCAUGCGCGAUCUCGUUCGUCGCCCCUCUCAGUGGUCCCAGACGACCCACCCACUCCCCCGGCCCCUCGGCCUAGAUGCUUCAGGGGCGCGACUUUGAAGGCUUGUCCUCACCAGCGGUCAUCAGCCGACACUCAGGGACGUAGCAAACCACCCCUCUGCCAGUGCUUCCGUAGGAAAGGCCAGGGCUGCCUGGGGUGCGCAGGGUGACAGGGAACAGCUCUCCUGAGUUCUGAAGGAGGAUCUGCCACCAGAUGGAGUUCUGAGCCCUCAGCUUGUUCAGCCGUGUGGUCCAAAUUCAGGCUAGGCGGUCAGCAGACCGGACACGCCAGGAACGGCCUUCUGCAGAGAGGACGCCGGCCCCAUCCCACCUGCAGCCAGGUGUGUGCCGCACGGCAGCCUUCCCGAAACGUAGUAGGAAUUUUUACAAUUUGUUUAUUUUUGUUUCUCAACCACUUUAUAAUGUAUUUUUUAAUUUAUUUUGUAAUGUCUUGUUUUUAAGUAUUGCUGCUAUCCUUGUUAUUCUUCCCACUGUUUUUAUUGCUGAUUUAUUUUGUGAAAGUUGUACACUAAUGUUCUGUUUUAUGUCAAAAUCAAAAGUAUUUAAAGAAAUACUAGUUCUAUUUAACGUGGUUAUGGAACCAGCUGGAAACACAAAACAAACAGUGAUUGUACAGCAGGCUGGACCCGGGAGGUCAGGUUCAUUUUGUUACAUAUGCAAUAAACUCACGACUUUACA